UCCCAACACCACCAUUUGAAAUCACCCCAUCUUCCAAUUUCUAUAGUUAUUACCUGUUGGCAUGGAACUGGAGAUGAUUUCUGAAGAGGGUUCACGUUAUGACAGAGCAAAGGAAGUGAAGGACUUUGAUGAAACUAAGGCAGGAGUUAAAGGACUUAUAGACUCUGGUGCCGUCAAGAUUCCCAAGUUCUUCAUCCAUCCCCUGGAAAGCCUGAAAAACUCUACCUCUAGUAGUGCAAAUUGUUUUCAAGUUCCGGUGAUAGAUCUGGAAGGCUUCCAAGAUGGUCGGCGACGGAAGGAGAUACUGGAUGGAAUCCUGGCAGCGUCAGAAACAUGGGGUUUCUUUCAAGUGAUUAACCAUGGAGUUCCUGUUCGCAUUAUGGACGGCAUCCUAGAAGGCGUACGCCGGUUCCAUGAACAGCCAAAGGACGAGAAGAUGAAAUGGUACUCCAGAGAUUAUAAGCAGCCUGUUAGGUAUUUCUGCAAUGGCGAUCUCCUUCUAAACAAAGGAGCUGCAAACUGGAGGGAUUCAAUAGCGUUUGAUUUCCAUGAUAGCCAAUUUGAUCCCCAACUUUUUCCUCCAAUAUGCAGGGAAGCUGUAAGUGAAUACAUAAAACACAUGAUCAAGCUAAGGAAAACAUUGUCUGAACUUCUAUCGGAGACUUUAGGACUUCACAGCGAAUACCUUGCCAAUAUAGGAUGCAUGGAAACCGAAUCCCUCGUGUGCCACUACUACCCUGGUUGUCCUGAGCCAGAAUUAACUCUGGGUGCAACCAAGCACUCAGACCCAUCUUUCCUGACCAUUCUCCUUCAAGACAAUAUCGGAGGCCUCCAAGUUCUUCAUCAAAGUAACUGGGUUGAUGUUCCGUUUCUUCCAGGCGCUUUUGUGAUUAACAUUGGUGACUUCAUUCAGCUCAUCACAAAUGACAAAUUCAAGAGUGUGGAGCAUAGGGUGCUAGCAGGACAAAUACCGAGGGUAUCGGUGGCAUGUUUUUUCUAUCCAAGCACAGCAAAUAAACAUACACCAUAUGAACCAAUAAGAGAGCUUCUGACGGAACAUAAUCCACCGAUAUACCGAGAAACUCAUAUCACUGAAUAUAUGGCCUAUUUCAGGGCCAAAGGUCUGGAUGGAAACUCAAGCCUUCCUCACUUCAAAUUGCAAUAAACCUAUGGUGCAAUGAUACUACAUGAUCACCGUUUUAAGGAAUGCGAAUAUAAAGUGGUAUGUAAUUUAGCAAAUAACAUUCUAUGAUAUCCAAUCUUCUGUUUCUCAUG